UGGGAAGCCUCGGAGGGAGGUAAACAGAAGAGCAGUGUUUUCUCCAGUAUGGCGGAUACUGUGAACUCCUCUGGAUAUUAGUGCACUCUUUUUGAGCAAUGAAAAGAUAUACAAAAUGAUGAUACCGCCUCGAAAGGUGAAGCCUUCGGUUUCUCUCAAAAACAUCCAUGCCGAGCAGACGUCAAAGCUACAAUCAAAACACCAGCAAGAAUGUGACAUCCUUGAGGACAUUAGGACCUUUUUUAAACAGAAGUCUACACUGGAAAAAGAAUAUGCACAGGGUUUGCUGAAAGUUACCACCCAGCUCCUUAAGCGAGAUUUCCCGGCACAGCCUGACAUUGCUAGUGAGGAUGGUUUGGAGCACAAACCAACUGGAGGAAGGACAGUGCCGGCUAUAUGGCGGCGACUGCUGGAGGAGGCCGACAAGCAGGCCAAAGUGCGGCUGCAAGCAGCCGAAAUUUACUCCGAGAAAAUCGCCGAACCGAUCAAGACCGUCAAGGCCUCCAAGGCGCAAUGUACCAAGAAGGUUAUGCCUCAGCUGGCAGCCAUCCAGGCAGAACUGGCACAGACAGUGGUGGAGAUGGUGAAGGCACAGAAGACCUAUGUCAUGGAAGAGACAACAGCUCAUGACGCUCGAAGCAAAGUGGCAGAAGCUGAAGACAAAUUGAAAAGAAAAUCUCCUAGACUAUUUCAGUCCAUGGCUGGCCUCCAAAAAACGUGUGCAAAGUUACAAAGCAGAAGAGAGGCAUGUGAUGCACGAUCAACAGCCACUCGGAACGAAUAUCUACUGUCACUUGCUAGUGCCAACGCUCACCAGAUACGCUUCUACAGCACUGAUCUCCCAGACCUGAUGAAAACUCUUGACUGUGAUAUAUAUGAGAGGAUCCAGGAGUACCUGGUGCUAGCUGGAUCCACUGCUGCAGAUAUAUGUAGGGCUGAGUACGACAGCUUCUCCACACUGGCCGAGGAGGCAGAGAAGAUUUCUCGUCAAUUCAGUCUACAGUGCUACCUGUUUCAGAACCAAGUGUUUACUAAUCUUGUGCAAUACCAGUUUGAACCUUGUUUAAAUGAUCAGUGCAAUAAAGUAUCUGGUGACUAUGGGGUCAUGCCAGAGCUAGAGAAAGAGGCCAGAAAGUGUGCUACCAGGGUUGCCAAGGAAACCAAGAUGGUGAGAGACCUCUAUCGCCAACUGACACAGUUGCAUUCUAGAAGCUGUGAUAUGAUGUCUGAAUCAAGCCUGGAUGAGAACAAAAGUAAUGGCCAAACUGCAGUAGAUCCAGAACAGAAGAUGGAAGAAUUUCGACAGAAUAUACGCAAAUCUGAGACAGCCAAAAUGAAAGCAGAAGCUCGCUUAGAAGCCUUGAGAGUUGCUGGCAUUAACGUAGAUGAAUGGCUGAACCAGGCCCAUAUGGACAGUUUGACAGCUGAGGAGAAUGGCAUGGCUCGCACAUCCAGUCAGAUUUCACUUCACACUGAGAGCUCUGGAGGGCAUAGUCUGGAUGAUAUAGAACCCACAUAUACUCACUAUUAUGAGGAUGAUGAUGAUGACUUCAUUGAUGAUGCAUUCACCAGUCACCAAGGAAACAGAUUUGGCAAACCAUUCCCUAUUUGUUGCAGAGCUCUUUAUGAUUUUGAGGCCAGUAACUUCGAUGAGAUGUCCAUCAAGCAACAUGAGCCUUUAGAGCUGAUAGCAGAUGGUGAUGGCGAGGGUUGGGUCAAGGCAAUUAAUUCAUCUGGCCAGACAGGGUACAUUCCAGAAAACUAUGUGGACUUCAGUGAGACUGAUGGGAACUCCUCACUUUUCGUGAAGACGAGGAAUGCUAUCAACAAUGUAUAUGACCCAGCUGAAGCUCAGGCUGAUGAUGUAGGCACCACACCUGUUGAGACACCAACUCCUGGAACUCCCUGUUCCCCUCCAGCACAACAGACACGUGUGUCUGAAUCACAGUCUCCAUCAGGAGAGGCUCUGCCUGACACGACGUCGUCAUAUUCUUCAGGGGAUUUGGAAGUACAGCAGACAACAGAAGAGAUGGAAGAUGGAUGCUUUCCACCUCCUCCUCCCACACCUGCUUCAGCCAUGUCAGGAGUUACAUGGGCAAGAGCACUGUAUGACUAUGAAGCCCAGACACAAGAAGAGCUGUCUUUCAUGGAAGGAGCACUGAUAAAGAUCCUGCGCAAAGAUGAAAGUGGUGUUGAUGAUGGAUACUGGGAAGGGGAGUUAAAUGGGAGGAUAGGGGUGUUUCCUUCUCUUGUGGUUGAAGAAGUUGUUGACUUGAAUGAUGAGCAGGAUGUUUUAUCUCCUUUGCCAAAUGACUAUGGAGGUCCACCCCCAGUAACAGUUACCAUGCCAACACCAGAUGAUGAGCCUCCUCCCCCUCCUUCUGUCUGCCUAAAUGGUGCAGAAAUUCCUCCACCUGGGACACCUCAACUCAAGAGUCGCAAGAACCCCUCUCACAAGAGCAGUCAGAGUGCUAGCAGUUCAAGAAAGUGCGGUUUAGCAACCAGUACGUCGUUCCACCAGCCUACACGUUCUCCCAUGCGUGGGACUCAGAUGAAGGGGGAGAGGAGUCCCUUGUCUGACCAGAACUGGCGGCUGUAACCUUUCCAGUGUCCAGUUUCUGUGCAGGUCACAACCCUUCUGUCUCAAACACAGUGUAAAUAUGAUAUAGAGAGCAGUGCACAGGCUAUAAGAUGUAAACAUGAUACAAAUAUUCUUUUAGAGUGCUGAUUCUUGACUGCAAGAAGGCAAAAGAAUUAUUUACAUAAAGAAAUCUUUAAUUUAUCGGUUUAUUACUAAGAAUGCAGGUGGACAACAGGUAGGGACAACAUUAUGGACAAACAUAGCUCUUUCAUUUGUAAUUAAAAAAAGGUGAGGGCCUGCAAUGAAGCUUUGUUUUAAAGCUGACAGCUGAUAAUGUGCUUCUUUCAAUCUUGAUAAUCUUUAAUCAGACAAGCCUGUUGCUAGUCAUUGUAUAUGCAAUGCUACAGUUAGAUUAUAUGUCUGCAUAUUUGUUUAUAAAGUGCAUCUUUUGCAUAAUGCUCAUUUAUUCUGAAGUGCAAUCACUGCUGGUUUCAUUUUGUUUGCUGUUGUGCUUCAAUCUGAUGUAAUUAGAGAAUUGGGGGCCAGGUGUUACACACAUGAUUGCGUUAAGAAGGAAGAGCACAUACCUUAUCUCCGCAGUCACUGAUGCUGGAUGGGAAUUUUCUUUUUAAUGGGGAGGGAUAUUGAUCACUGAUAAGAAGCAUUUAAAAUCAUAAAUUUGAUUUCCUUAUUUGUUUAAUGUAAGACUGUCAUUUUCCCUGAAGAUUGAAACAUUAACAGAUCAGCAGAUUAGUAGCAAUAAUCAGGUGGUAAAUCUGAUGGUCUCUUGAUAAAUGUUAUUGUGGUGUCUCUGAGCUGAUACGUUGCUAUUUGGGGGCAUAAAGUUGGCAAGGUUCUUGUUUAAGUAUGCUUUGAAUCCUCAGGCUUAGUUUGCUGAAAAGUUGCAUGACGUCAACAUGUGACCUUACCUGAUACAAUCAUUUAGAACUUUAGCAGCUUGAGCUUCGCUCCUGGUGGUUUUCUGAUAGCAGAUUGCUCCUAAUAUGGUGAUAUUUUUAAUUUGCAAAUUUUCAAACCUUUUCUAAUGCAGACUAUCUGGGACAGUUUUUCCCCAUUGUUUUAUUUGUGACAGUGUUCUUAAGAAUUAUGAACAUGUAUUUUAGGCAAGAUAACUUCAGCACAGUUGUGUUUAAUAGAAUUAUUUUAAAUGACCUCAUGAAUGUUUGUUAAAUUAGGCUUUAGUUUUGAUUCAUCAUUUUUGUUGCUUUUCCUAUUUAAUAUUAGCAUAUAGGCACAUUAUAGAACAAAAUAAUUUUAUUGUUUUUGCGCUAGAAUAAUUUUGAAAACUAAGCUUAUGCAUGUAUGUCAUUUGAGAAAUGUUGGUGAGCUUUUAUGAUUUUAUUACUAACUUCUUGUUUCAGUUGUUAACAGCAUACCUUGCUCAGAUAUAAAUUGGCUACUUUACAAGUGAAUUUUGCCUGCAGUUAAAGAAUCAUAAAAUACGGAAUCCUGUAAAGGGUUGAACCCUGUAAAGGGUUGAACAUGGUAUAAAUGCUGGAUCCAUGGAUUUGUAAGCACACAAACAUCACAUGCUUAAAUUGUAUUUUGUGAAAUAUUGAACUGCCUGUUACUGUUUGCUCAGCUGAUUUAACCAGUUAUUUUUUUUAAAGAAAAAGCUUUGUCAGAUUUUGGUUAAAAAUAUCUUUUUGGUAAUAUACAUUGGGGCCAAGUACACAACCACAAGGAUCAUAACUUUAUCUUGUCUCCCCUUAUGGGGUACAUCAGCUGUUUUUUUUUUUUUUUUUUUGGUUCCAUGUGCAAGUAGAGCUGUUGUAAAUUAUGUAAAUAUGAUGUUACAACCAAUAUUGUCCAAGUCACUAAUUGUUCAGCAGUUGUUCUGUUUGGAUGAAACUAAGUUCAUAAUAUGCUGUGAGAUAAGUACCACUUUCCAUUUAUAUUAGCAAUGCUGAUAUAGGAUUUUGACAUUAUAGGUGUGUUGGUAGGUGUUAUUGAGGUCCUUUUAUGUGAAACCCUGUGCAUUCAUAAACUGCAGGCUUGCAAAUACUUUGGAGGAGUUGUCAUCUGUUGGAUAUUGAAAGAGCAACACAUCUAAGAUGUCAUCUUUCUAUAAUCUUAGUUUUAGGAGAAUUUUUUCAUAUCAGUGGCCUCACAUAAAAAAAAAAUAAUAGAGACUCUAUGUUUUCAUGUGAACCCUAGAUGUAUACAGCAACUGGAGGCAGACUGGUCCUAGUCACCAUCACAAUGUUGGCAUUAUGAUAAAAGCAGUGUUUUGAGAGCACACAGAAGAGACAUUGACCAAAUACAGCUUGGCAAGGAACAACGAAAACGACAUAGCAGGUCGUGAACCAGGUGUACUGUAUAUCAGAAAAUAUUUCAUUUCACAUAACAUCAUUUUUGUCUCUUUAGAGUUCAUCAUUCACGUCAUAUAAGCUGUCAAGAUCAGCAGCAGAAUAGUCAAUGUUGGUCAGACAUUUUUCUGUGAUGUCUUUGUAGCACCUGUGUCUGUUGUUACUUAAGCAUUGUAGGAAUGUGACAUGAUGAUACCAGUCUGUUCACCAUAUUUAAAAAGUUUUGUUUAUUGGCUGCAUAAUUUGAUGGAAGAAAAAUGUUGCUGUACUGAAAUUUUCCUGGUAGUGGGUUUACAUUUGCAGGUUUGUUUUUUUGUUCUAAUUUGUUGAUUUUGGAUAUUGAAUUCCAUGCCAAUGUUUCUUGAUCCUUUCACUUACUGUUUUUUUCAGAAAUCUGAUUUGAAAGAUCUGAACUCUUGUUUUGUGCAGAUUCUUUUUUUUUUAAAUCUGUGAUGAAUUAAAACGAUGUUUGUAGAUUAAUAAUGCAUUUUAUCAUAAUAUAUUGAUCUGGCAUGUUAGAAUCGCAUACGCUCUGAGAUUAUGUAGUUUUGAAACUGAAAAUGUGCACAUUAUGUCUUUUAAUAAAAGGGGUUUUGCAGACCUUAUUCCAUAGCUUAAGUAUGUUGUUGUCAAAGAUCUUACCACACACACACAAAAUCCUUGUCCCCUUUGGGACAUAAAAAGCUCUGAUGUGACUUGUCACUGAUGAAUUCUGUGAGCUGUGUGUAGAAAGUGGGGCACUAAGAUAUAUCUUCCCUCCUUGCUGCUCGCUCUUCCCUAUUUUAUUAAGAAAAAUGCUUUGGUCAAAAUAUUAAAACUUCAUCUAACAAAAGCAUUUAGUAUUUUCCAGCGUUCAUCUUAGUGUGUUCUUCAUCAAUUUUCAGACCUUUGGAUGCUCUGGAUAUUUUAUAACUAUCACAUUUUACUUUUAUAUAUUGAUUUUUUUUUUAAAUGUAAUUGAUCUUUAGUUUUUUCUUACACUGUGUUUGUUUAGAUUUUGGGUUGGAGAAAACAAAAACUGGAAAUAACUGAUAGCAUAAAUUACUUGAAAACAAUGAUUUUCUACAUUUAGUGGAAGUGGCUUUUUGAUAAAAAAACAAAAACAAAAACAAAAAAACACCCUUUUGCACUCUUUUCAACACUGGAUGUUUUUGUCAUAAAAUCUUGGGAAGUUGUACAGAUAUCCAGUCACGUGCCAUGAAAUCCACAAGAUACAUAUUUGCAGCCACAUUGCAUCACACAACAACUACUCACAGUUUUUUGACUGUCUCUUUGACAAAGCCUGGCUAAUGUGUUCUUAAUGCUCAGUAUUUCACUGCAAUAAAAACUUAGCAGUCACAAACAUGAUAGAAAUUUCUGUUUGUAACUGAAAUCUUAGAUGUUUCUUUUUUUUUUUGUUUUUUUAUAGUUGAUAGAAUGAUUGGCUGUGGUGCUCACAAUUGUUUGAUAGUCCAGUUUUUUGUGACUGAAGAUGAAAACUGGAUGUUUUAAUCAGGAUUUAAUGGGGAUCUGAUGGAAAUAAGUUCUGUCCUUUUUUUGGCUUACUAAUCUUUGUUCUUAUGAAAGACCACUUUACUUUAUUUAAGUGUUUGCAUUUAAAUUGUACUUAAUAUUGUUGUGCAGUUAGUGUUCAAUUUUAUUAGGUAUUUUGUAACUGGGAAUCUCUUAACAGAUUUUUAGUAACUUAUAUUUUGUUCAUUCUCAUUUUAAAUCUGGUAUAGCUAUUUUAACAUUUUGGAAUAUGAUGGUUUUUUUUAAAAUUCUUUCCACUUGCGCCUUAUGUAAAUGAUCUUUAAGCAAUUUGUUGCCCAGUGUUUACAAGUGAAAGGACGUCUGUUGUUGCCCAAAGCAGAAAUCAUGUAUUUCUAUCCUCCCAUAAAAUUUACUCAAGAAACAUGCUGUAGAUAGAAAAAAAAAUCUAAACAAAAGUAAAGUGUUAUGUGUUCAGUCUGUUCAUAUUUAGCAGUACGCCAUAAUGUAUAGUUUGACACUAAGCUUGAAGUCACAGAAGUAUGUAGAUGUUAAAGCAGAUCUGUCUUAGAAACUUUUUUUAGGUAUGACCCUGGUACUUUAGGUGGCUUUUGUUAUGCAUAAUGUACUUCACAUUCUUAUUUCUUUUGAGUUUUGUCAGUUUUCAAAGAAUUGGUGUAAUUAAGGCUCAUUGGAACAAUUUCCGUAUAAGCAUUGAAGUUUAUUUGCUUUCAGGAGUACAUUCUGUACUGUUAGGGUUCACAGUUGUUUUCUUUCUGGCAGUUUUGAUGUUUUACUCAAACCUUUCAGAGGACAGUGCCAUUCAGAAUCACUGUUGUCUCAUUUGUACAAGGACUGGUGAUGAACAUUUUUUUUUUUGUGUUUUAUCAGCUCAGGAAUUAGAGAAGGGGGCACCAAGCACCGCCAUCAUGACAUUUUGUUAUUUUAUAUAUUUUGCAUUGAUGGUGUUAUCCUCUUUUUGUCUCAUAACGGCUUUGCUCAAAGUUCGAAAGUAUGGACCAGUUGUAGAUUGCUGUUGUAGAAUUCAUGGUACUAAUGGAAGGCAUGGGAGAGAAUUGCUGUUUUACGCUGAGCUAUAAAGUAAGGAUAUAUAUGAUGGGAAAGGAGCAGUCCCUGUAAACAGGGGCCACAUGUAUCGAAAGAACGAUAUGCCUUAGACAGAGAUCUGAACCCAGCUAAUCCUCACUGUAUCUGUGACAGGCACAAACCUUGCAUCACAGGACUGCCUGAUGGAAGCAGUAAAAGCUAGCUAGCAGACUGCAGUUGCAGCUCAUUCUUGUUAGGUGAUCAAACAAUUUUUCAGCUGAGGUGCUCCCUAGGCCGAAAAAAAAAGUUGUCGGAAUGCGUGGUGGGCAAGAUGCAGAAACUGUAAGCAUGAUUGCCGGAACAGGAAAAUGUGCGCAUUUGUGUGCAGCAUUCACAUACUGGCCUCUGAGUGUGCCUCACUUUUUAUUUUUUAAAAGUCAGUUUAGAUAAUGUUGUAUUUGAGGUGAGAUCACAUUUAAAAAAAAAAAAAAGAGAAAUUGUACAUUUCAUUAUGUUGCACUCAACACUGCAGCUCCAAAGUAGGUGAUAUGGAAGUGUGUCCGCUGGCAGUUUGUAUAAAGAGAUUUUUCUUGAUGCCAUUCCUGUGGUUAGCAGUUUGUAGCUUCUGGCUUCUAGCUCUGUAAUAAAUUCUCUACAGAUCAGCUUCUAUGUGUUCUUUGAAGUGGGUUUUUUUUUUGUUUUUUUUUUUGUUUUGUUUUUUCAAAUCUAUCGCCUUAAAUGCGUCGAAACAAUACAACUGUGCAAUUUUGCAUUUACAGACUCGCACAAUCAUGGGCUUCUGAGUGUCAAAUAAUUGCUAGUUUACUGAACUGACUGUUGGUAAAGUUUAAUGUAGGUAUCAUGUUGAAUAGAGUGACGUGAGUGUGUGUGUCAUGGUGAUUGUAUAAGCCAUGAUGAAUAGAAGGAUGAAUAUAUACAAAAUGUAAGUUGUUGAGUAUACAUCAUGGUGAACAUGGGGUCAUUCUGGAAUGCAUGAUUUAGUGGACUACUGGCAGGCAUUUAGGAUGUGUUUGAUGUCAGUUUAUCCAGAUACAUUUGUAGUGCAACUUUUGUAUAAGGGAGAGUUGAAACUGUGCUAAAGGUCAGUUCCUUGGUACAUUUGCAGCAGCAGACCCUCUGUUUGAACUUGCGAAAACUUUGUUAUAGCUAUACAACAUGAAGGAGGUUGCUACCUCCAGGUCUAUGCACAAUGUUACACUUUUGUAUCCAUGUCAGAAAGAAGGAAGUGUUUGCUGACUUACAGGCAGUUUGUAGCCAUAUCUAUGCAUGUGUUUUCUUUAAAUACAUUUAUAUCCAACUACACAGAUGCUGUUGUAAAUGUACUCCUUCAUUGAACUCAGCAGGGGACUGUGCAUGUGCAUUCUUAUUUAAUGCGGUCUUAGGACUUUUCUUUCUGGUCAUCUGUUGAUGUUGUGAUUGUGAAAAUAAAAGCAACAGG